AUGGCGAGGCAAAACCAAAGCGUCGUGACAGAAUUCAUCCUUCAAGGCCUCUCCUCCCAGCUGAGGACACAGACUGUUCUUUUCAUGGUGUUCCUGGUGUUUUAUCUGCUCACAAUGGUUGGGAACAUCCUGAUCAUGGCCUUGAUCAGAGCUGACUGCCACUUGCAGUCGCCCAUGUACUUUUUCCUCGCCAACCUGUCCUUGGUAGACAUCUGCUACAUCUCCAGCUACGUCCCCCAGAUGCUGGUGAACCUCUUGACCAAGAAGAGGACCAUCUCCUUCUUUCGGUGUGCUGCUCAGAUGUAUUUCUCUCUGGCUUUUGGCAUUACAGAGUGUGUCCUGCUGGGGGCCAUGGCCUACGAUCGAUACGUGGCGAUAUGUCGCCCCUUGCUCUACGCCACCAUCAUGAACAGGAAGCUUUGCAUGCACAUGGUGGUGGCUUCCUGGGCCAGCAGCCUGCUGAGCUCCACGGUCAUCAGCAGCCUCACCUGGCAGCUGCCCUUCUGCCAACACAACCUCUUGAAGCAUUACUACUGCGAAGUGCAAGCGGUGCUGGCCUUGGCCUGCGCUGACACCACCCUCACAAAGCUGGUCAUCUUCAUCUUCAGCAUCCUCAUCCUCUUCAUCCCCUUUCUCCUCAUCAUCACCUCCUACGCCCGUAUCCUCUCGGCCAUCUUGAAGAUCCCAUCUGCACGUGGGCAGCACAAAGCCCUCUCCACCUGUGGGUCCCACCUGAUGGUGGUGACCAUCUACUAUGGGACAGGCAUCUGCAUAUACAUGAACCCUUCAUCGAGGCCUCCACAGGACAGGGACAAAGUGGUCGCACUGUUUUACACCGUCGUAGCCCCCAUGCUGAACCCCCUCAUCUACAGCCUCAGGAACGAGGAGAUGAAGCGUGCCCUGAGGAGGGCAAUGAAAAGACCCAAAUCCUUGUUUAUUUAA